AAUCCUUUUUUGUUUAACAGAAUCUGUCUAUGACCUUCUCCCAAAGGAGCUGCAGUUACCACCUUCCACAGAAACAUCUAUAGCAUCCAUGAGCCAAACAAGUGGUGGUGAGGCAAGCUCGCCACCUCCAGCUGUAGUUGCUGCUGGACUUGGUAAUCCUUGUUGUAUUUAAGGAUCUCUUUGGAAAGAGCAAACAAGGAUUUCAGGAUUGGCUCCAUGAUUUGCCUCUGAAGCAGGGAGUGUCUGCAUUAAAAAUGACCUGUAGUUCUCUGCUUCAUAGAUGCUUCUUCAGCUCCUUCCUCUUCCUCCAUGGGCGGUGCUUGCAGCUCCUUUACCACCUUAUCCAGUCCUACCAUUUACUCUACCUCAGUCACCAACAGCAAGGCUAUGCAAGUGGAGAGCUGCUCCUCAGCUGUGGAGGUAAGUACCAGAGGGGUAAGUGAAAAGCAGUUAACCAGUAAUGCAGUCCAGCAGCAGCAGUCAAUGCCGAAGAGACACACAGUCCUGUACAUCUCGCCACCACCUGAGGACUUGCUGGACAACAGUCAGAUGUCCUGCCAGGAUGAGGGGUGUGGACUGGAGUCAGAACAGAGCUGCAGUAUGUGGAUGGAGGAUUCACCCUCCAACUUCAGUAACAUGAGUACCAGUUUCUACAAUGAUAACACUGAGGUGCCACGUAAAUCACGCAAACGAAAUCCAAAGCAGAGGCCAGGGAUCAAACGUCAAGAUUGUGAAGAGUCCAACAUGGAUAUAUUUGAUGCCGACAGCGCCAAAGCGCCUCACUAUGUCCUUUCUCAGCUCAGCACGGACAGCAAAGGCAACUCAAAAGCAGGAAAUGGAGCAUCAGAAAACCAGAAAGGAGCUGGAGGGAAGAAGACCCCAGUGUUGUGUGGUCAGUAUCCAACUAAGAGUGAGGGGAAGGAGCUGAAGAUCAUGGUACAGCCGGAAACCCAGCACAGGGCUCGUUAUCUGACUGAAGGCAGCCGAGGCUCAGUGAAAGAUCGGACGCAGCAAGGCUUUCCAACUGUCAAGCUGGAAGGUCACAAUGAGCCGGUGGUGCUUCAGGUAUUUGUGGGUAAUGACUCUGGUCGAGUGAAGCCACAUGGAUUCUACCAGGCCUGCAGAGUUACUGGGAGAAACACUACUCCCUGUAAAGAAGUGGAUAUAGAGGGGACUACUGUUAUUGAGGUUGGACUGGACCCAAGCAACAAUAUGACACUUGCGGUUGAUUGCGUGGGAAUACUGAAACUGAGAAAUGCUGAUGUUGAAGCUAGGAUAGGGAUUGCUGGCUCAAAGAAAAAGAGCACACGUGCUAGGCUGGUAUUUCGUGUUAACAUCACUCGCAAAGAUGGUUCAACUUUGACUCUUCAGACACCUUCUUCCCCGAUUUUGUGCACUCAACCAGCAGGUGUUCCAGAGAUCCUAAAGAAAAGUCUGCACAGUUGUUCAGUGAAGGGUGAAGAAGAAGUUUUUCUGAUUGGCAAGAACUUUCUAAAGGGAACAAAAGUGAUUUUCCAGGAGAACGUUUCUGAUGAGAAUUCAUGGAAGGCAGAAGCUGAAAUAGACAUGGAAUUAUUUCAUCAGAAUCACCUUAUUGUGAAGGUGCCACCAUACCAUGACCAGCAAAUAACCUCAGCUGUUUCUGUGGGAAUAUAUGUGGUAACCAAUGCUGGAAGAUCGCACGAUGUGCAACCAUUUACGUACACUCCAGACACAACUGGUACUCUGAAUGUUAAUGUGAAGAAGGAAAUCUCCAGCCCAACCCAACAUUGUUCUUUUGAAGAGACUAUAAAAGCAGUGAAGGCCACUGGCUGUAACCUGGAGAAGGUCAACAUUCUUCCUAGUGCCUUGAUAACACCAUUCAUGCCAAGCAGUAUGAUUAAGAAUGAAGAUGUGGCUGCAAUGGAAGUAAGUACAGAAAAAAGAUCUCCUCCUGUCUUCAAGGCUUCAAGUGUUGUUGGACCAGCUCAACAAACACUGGAAAACAGUAUGUCCAGCAUAUCAACUUCUGCUUCUCAUUUACCUUCUGAAAAUGAAAACCAGCAGCAAAUACAGACGAAGCUGUAUAAUCCAGAGACACUAAUUACUAUCCAAACACAGGACAUUUCCCAGCCUGGUAGCUUUUCAGCAGUCUCUACUUCAGGUCAGCUGCAGAGCAGUGAUACGUUAUUGCAGCAAGCUGCACAGUUCCAAACAAGAGAUUCCCUAACCAGGGAAGUCUUGCAAUCAGAUGGCACAGUGGUCACUUUGUCACAAUUAACUGAUGCAUCACAACAGUCUACACUCUCAGAACCAGCACAGGCAUUUCAGGAACAGAUUUCAUCAAGUAUUUUCUCAUCAGGAAGUGGUGUGAGUAAGUUACAGAACACUAUCCAGCAACUGCAAGUUGGAAAUUUUCCAAGAAACACUGCUACUGGCAGCAAUAGGAAUGUUGACUUGGUGCAACAGGUAUUGGAAGCUCAACAGCAGUUAUCCUCUGUUUUAUUUUCCGGUUCAGACAGCAGUGAGGAUGUUCAAGAUCAGCUAAAUGCAGAUAUCUUUCAGCAAGUUAGUCAGAUACAAAAUAGUGUAAAUCCUGGGAUAUUUUCCUCAUCAGACACAGCUGUUCAUUCCAGAUCAGAGAACCUUUUGCCUGGACGAGCUGAAAAUGUUCACUCACAACCUGAAAAUGCAUUGUCCAAUCAACAGCAGCAGGCGAUGGAGACUUCUGCUGCAGUGGUGAUAGGAAUCCAACAAAAAAUUUGCCAGGCUGCAACACAGAUGCAAUCUGAUUUGUUCUCUUCAACAUCAGGAAAUGGAGCCCUCCAACAGUCACCUGUUUACCAGCAGGCUUCUCACAUAAUGAGUGGGUUAUCAACAAGCGAAGACAUGCAAAUACAGUGUGAAUUAUUCUCUUCAUCUCCUGGUGUUUCUGGAAGUGAUACUACUCCUACUGCUCAGCAGCAGGUCUCCAACAAUGGACAUACUAUGUUUCAGGCCGCAAAUUCUGCAAGUGGCGAAGGAGCUUCAGAACAGAACAAACAGAUGCAAAGUACUGUCUUUCAGACCAUGGUUCAAAUGCAGCAUAGUGGAGAAAGUCAAUCUCAAGUUAAUCUGUUUUCAGCUACUAAAAACAUGAUGGCUGUUCAGGCAAGUGGAACUCAACAACAAGGAGGUGGUCUAUUCCAGCAGAGCGAAGAAAUCAUGUCUGUUCAGUCAGGAAGCUUUAUGCAGCAGUCUCCACAUUCUCAAACUCAGCUUUUUCACUCUCAGAAUCCUAUUGGUGAUACUCAGAAUAUAUCACAGGAAACACAAGGCUCUAUUUUCCACAGUCCAAAUUCCAUUGUCCACAACCAGACCAGUACCAAUUCCUCAGACCAACUGCAGCCUCCAAUGUUCCACUCACAGAACACCAUCGGUAUAUUGCAAAGCUCUUCAGUUCCUCAAGACCAACGGUCUGCUGACAUGUUCCUUUCCCAGAGUUCAAUGAGCAAUGCUGCAACUCAAGAACAGGUAUCAUUCUUUACAAGCCCAAAUUCCAUUUCUCCUCUUCAGACAGCAACAAACACUGAACAGCAGACUUCUUUCCAGCGGCAGACAGAGAUAGCUCACAUCCAGAGUUCUAUGCUUCCCCAAGAACAGCCCCAGACUCAGCCUACUCAGCAAGGUUUGUUUCAGUCUCAAGUGUCACUAGGCUCCAUCCAGUCCAGUUCAAUUCCUCAGAACCAACAAGGAACUAUUUUCCAGCCUCAGCAUUCAAUAGUUGCUAUUCAGAGUAGUCCUCCAUCUCAAGAACAGCAGCAGCAGCAACAGCAAAACAUGAUGUUCAGUAAUCAAAAUGCAAUGAGUACAAUUGCUUCUCAAAAGCGGAACAUGAUUUUCAAUCCAAAUCAAAACCCAGUUACCAAUCAGGAGCAACAAGGCCAGUCCAUUUUUCAUCCACAGACUAACAUGACAUCAAUGAACCAGGAGCAGCAGCCCAUGCAAUUCCAGAGUCAGAGUACUGUGUCUUCUCUUCAGACUUCUGGAUCCAGCCAGGCUGAAGCACAGCAGCCAGCCAUCUUCCAUAACUCACCCCAGAUUCAGUUGGUCCAAAGUUCAUCAAGUUCUCAAGAGCAACAAGUCGCACUCUUCAUCUCUUCAGCUUCCAUGUCUGCUUUACAGAAUAGUAUGAGCCAGCAAGAGAUGCAGCAGUCUCCUAUGUACUCUUCUCAAAACAGCAUGGCAGGAAUGCAAGGAACUGCUUCUCCUCCACAGCAACAAGCUGCUUUAUUCCACAACACAGCAGGAGGUGCUAUCAACCAGCUGCAGAAUUCUCCUGCUUCGCCUCAGCAAGCAUCAGGAAUAUUCCUGUUUGGCAUUCAAAACAACUGUGGCCAGCUGCUAACUUCUGGACCAGCGACGUUGCCUGAUGAGUUGAUGGCUAUAAGUCAGCCGGGUCAGCCACAGAGCAAGGGACAAGCAGCUGUGCCCACACUUCUCUCCCAGCAGAUAUCUGAGACGUCUCCACUACCUUCAGCUAUGGCAACCAACCAGAAUAUUGAGAAAAUAGAUGAUCUGCUCGUGUCAUUGCAAAACCAGGGGAACAAUAUAACUGGCUCCUUUUAAUUAGUCAAAAAUUCUGUGAAGAAAAAAGUGAUGAUUUCCCAGAUACUCUCAGACCUUCUGACUCUGGAUUAGGCUGUGUGGAACUGAUUGCUUCUGUCAGUGGCCCUCUUCUCUAAAGAGCACACACAUGGCCAAUUGCAGCAUCUAGCACCUAAGGCUAUGACCAUAGUAUUUGGGAUUUGUAGUGCAAUGCUGAAAAGCUAUGCUUUGUUUUACAAGAGCAUGGGAUUGUACCAUUACCAGAUUCCUAAGCCUCAUUAACAGUGGGGUGCUCUUUGACUUUAAAGCAUAUCUGAUCAGCUAUUAUUGUUGUUAGAAGGUAAUACAUGUCACCAUAUUUACUUUUUUUCCUCCUCUUCCUUCUUCACAUCCCCUCUUUUGACUGGAAAAGCUUGUGAAGCAGAAACAUCAAAUGCCUGUGCCAUGAGCCAUGACUCAUAGCUGUCAGUAAGUGAAGGGAUUGUUUUAGAAUUGAGUGGGAGAGCUAAUACUGUGAUUUGCUAAUUGCAGUAGGCAGCAAUGACAAAUUGAUAACUAUAAUCAGCAAGCAGAGAAUUGUUUGUUUCUGUAGAUAGCCAGAGGUGGGUGCUUCCCAUCUGCAGAUGUGAUUAAUCAUUUUCCAUGUCUCUUAUGUGUAACUGUACAUGGAGCAAGGGUUUGGUGGCUCUAAAAUGAAGACAUGAAGGGGAACUUUCAGUUAAAUUUUGCUCUUAAAAUCUUGUCCUCUAAAAUACCUUCUAAAGAAUGUUCUGCCUGGCUGAGGAAAGAACUCUGUCUCUCGCUCUGACUGGAUGGGUUAGAACUCUGUAAAGCUGCAUUAGCUGUUCUCAAAACAGUCUUCUCCCUUCCAUUCUUUUCAUGGUUUUCCUUCUCUCUUCCCCAGUUUCAUAUUGUGUUUUAAAAAAAGGCAUAAAUAUCCUACUGGCUUUAAAUGCCAGAAGCAGCUUUUAGAAAUCCAUGGCAUUAAAUUGCUUAGUCAAUAGAAGCUUUGACAAAUAAUCAAGAAUUAAGGAGAGGGGAAGCAAUUUCUCCACCACCUUCUAAAUGCAGGAACCCCCCUUAACCAGGCAUUUUCCAGCUGUUACUGAUGUAAAUCUUCAGCUUGACUUUACUCCAAGUUAGGGGCAAAUUACAUAAUUUUUAAGCAUUCUGGAAAAUUUCACUUAAUCCUGAACUGUUGCAUCUUUGUAGCAUAUUGAGCUCACUGCAGUUUUGAAGUGAUUAUUUUUCCCUACCAACAGUCCCCCAAAUCUAGUUUCUAGAUGGUCAUGUUUCAAUUUAAAAACUAAAAAAAAACCCCAUUGACUGAUGUUACAGAAUAUAAGAACAACCCACUUCAGAUCAUGCAGUUGCAUUGUGAGGUAUGUGAAUUUUUUGGGUGCUCCAACUAUCCAGAAAGUUUUGUGAAUUCUCACUACAACCUCAUUCAGAUCUUUGUUUCUUCUGCAUGUAGAAAGCUGUUGCUGCCUUGAGACUCAGACAGCUGUCAUGUAUGGCGAUUAUGCCUUGAUAGAGUGUAGUUCGUAUCAUGUCAUUUUACAUUUUUGUUAUUUUAAAUAACAAAGACUAGUCUGUAAAUGGUUUUCUAAGUUCUUCUAGUCUGUUUACCGUGUUUUUUCCCUUAACUUGUGUGUGUAAUUGAGCCAUGUAGAAAGUUUGUUUAAUGGAUUUUCCUAUUUGUCAGUCUGUCCUGCCGUUCACUUUCUCUGUCUCUCUCUUUCUCUCCCUCAUUGAGAGGCAAUGAAUUACAUUUUCAGUAGUAAGGUUUCUUGCCGAUAUGAAGGGAACUUUUCAGAAAGAGACCUGCUCUUGGUCAUUUAAUUUUGAAUACAGUUUUCAAUCGUUCAGGUUUUGGAUGGUUUAUAUCUAACGUGUGUUUCAUUUUUUUGGAAAGCUAUAUUUUGUAUUUAGGAAAUGGUAUACUAUUUUGCUAUUUGUACUGAGUGAGUACACUGGCAUAAAUAUACAAAUUUAUAUACAUAUAUAUAUAAUAUUCUUUUUGCCACACAUUUUUGUGGUAAACUUGUGAGUUUGUCUGAUGCUCUACCACAACAUGACAUCUGAUAACUGGGGCAGGGUGGGGUUUGUCAUGUCUUUAUUGAGUAUUUAAUUACUUUUUGCAACAUAACUUGUUCAUCUUUCACCAUUCCAUCAGGCAGUUUAUUGUUCCAACUGACUAUGAGAAGCUUCCCUUUGUGUUUUGAUGUGUCUGUCACUCAGCAAUAUGACCUAGUAAGGAAACUCAUAGGAACUUAGGCAUAUAUAAAGUAACAGGGUUUCAUUCAGAAUGAGCCAUUCAGCUUUUUUCCACUAUCAUUGUCUAUUUAAUAUUUUUAUUAUCAAUGCCUCUGUGUUUUAAUUCUUAGUUUAUGAUUAUGCUAAAAUGUUUAAAAUUUUAAUCAUGAUAAAAAAAAUCCCUGCUUCCUAAUGUCCAGAGCUGCUUUAACCCUGAACCAUACUUUCUCUUUCUGCAACUUAUUUUUUAUUUCCUGAUAAGACAAGAUAUUAACAAUCUCGUUAUGGUUCAUGACAUGAAAGCAGCAGCCUUGCAGCAUUGACUAAAUGCUAUGUGAGGCUAUGUAGGAGACUGAGAAUUAUGGACCGAAGCAACUUCCAGAUGCUUGUGGAAGUCAAUAGCUAGUUAUUUGAAAAUGAACUAGUGGCUUUUGCAGGAUCACAGUCCCACGACAAGCUGCUGGAUGUCAUCCAGAGCCUUCAUACACAGAAGAAGUAAUAGGAAUGAUAAAUUCACUUGUGUGCUGCUUCAGUUUGUUCCAUUGUUCCAAAGGGGUGUAUCCUUACAUGGAAGUGCUGUUGGUCAGUGUCAAGUCACCAGGGACCAAUUCUCCAUUUAACAAGAUGGGUGUCCAAAAGAGAACUUCAUACCAAGACUGCUACAGUUCCAGGGGAAGGGUAUGUCUGAAUUGUGUGCUGUUUUGGGUUGAUCAUGAAGAAAAGAGAAAAAAAAAUCUAAAGUAAAUUAGAAAAGGCCUGUGCUAUCAUGUUUUUUGCUUCUGGAUAACGCCUUUUCUUGUGUUAAAUUUGUCAUGUUCAUUUUAGGUCAGUGUUUAAAUGUACAACACUUGGAACAUGUGAUUGGUUAUAAAAAGCAUGUCUUCUGAAUGAAGAAAUUGCUCAGCAGUUGAUCAGUGGUUGCAGACAGCUGUUACAAAGGAUAAAGAGAGGUUUGAUAAGCCAAUAAAGAGCUUAAAGAUGGGCUGCAGGAUUUCAUGGCAGAAAGACCCAAUAACAAGUGUGAGCCACAUCUGUAUUUUAUCAGUCCUAAACAUUUACUUUUGGAAUUUAAGCAGUUGAUAUUGAUAAUUGGAGCUUACUCUGCCUUUUUUCUUUUAUUUUAAUCCCAUUCCUGUAUUUACUCCUUUACUCUGGUGUGCCUGUGAUCUGUGAGUAGAUGGAUGGAGCCUGCAGAAAUGAAGUGGUGACAUCAUGUCUAGUCCAUUUUGGGUGAGAAAGAAGAUACUGAGAUAUCAGUCUCUCUAAAUGUAAAGUUCCCAAUGACAUUACUCUAUAAGGGGAAGUUACUAUCAUAUCCACAGAGCAGCAAUGAAGUAUGGAAGAUACUACUGGGUGAAAAUGAAAAACUGUAGACCUGCAUUGCUGGGAUGGGUUUUAAGUGUCUUGUUUUUUUCUGCUGCUUGAGCUCGCUUCUGCAAGAACUGUUAAGUUUAAACCUGCACGUUCAAUGUGGACACUACCCUUCAGCUGUGUGUGCCUCUAACACACCCAUGGUCCGCUCUCUGCACGGCAUCUGUGGGGUGUUGGGAUUCACAGAACACCCAUUUGUUGGCACAGGUUAAAAUCUGGGGAAAGGUACCCGUUAGCCACCACUUGUGACUGCUGCAUGCGUUCUCUUGGCUGCUUAUAUGGGUUUAUGUGUAUCUAUAUGUAUAUAAAAUCAUGAGUAGCACAUAAUGCACAGUUAUCAGCUAAGUGUCUCUUCUGGCAGGAAGUUAUUGGUUCUUUCUGCUUAAUUAGAAAGUCUAUGUUUUGUUAUUAAUUGCCUCCCCACUGUCCUAUUUUUCAGAAGUUAUUCAAGCCAAAUGCUUUGUUAUUAUUUUAACAUAAAAAUAAUUCCAGAAA